ACGCAUGUUCAGGAAAAGAGAAACUGAAGUGUAGUUGAGCUGUUGUGUGUUUGUGUCUCUGUAUUUAAGCAGUAAAAUGGCAGGAGCCAGAGUUUUUCAGGAUGAGUUCAUGUGUGCAGUGUGUCUGGAUCUCCUGAAGGAUCCAGUGACCAUCCAGUGUGGACACAGUUACUGUAAGAGCUGUAUUACAGACUGCUGGGAUCAGGAGGAUGAGAAGAGAGUCUACAGCUGCCCUCAGUGCAGACAGACCUUCAGUCCAAGACCUGCUUUAUUUAAGAACGUGGUGUUUGCUGAAAUGCUGGAGAAACUGAAGAAGACUAAACUUCAAAGUGUGGUUCCUGCUGGAGCUGGAGAUGUUCAGUGUGACGUCUGUACUGGAAGAAAAUACAAAGCCGUCAAGUCCUGUCUGGUGUGUCUGAACUCUUACUGUCAGAAUCACCUCGAACAACAUGAGAGUUUCUUUAAAGGAAAGAGACACAAUCUGACUGAAGCCACUGGACGACUGCAGGAGAUGAUCUGCCAGAAACAUGAGAAGCUCCUUGAGGUUUUCUGUCGCACUGAUCAGAAAUGUAUAUGUGUGCUGUGUACGAUGGAUGAACAUAAAAACCACGACACUGUAUCAGCUGCAGCACAGAGGACAGAGAAACAGAAGCAGCUGAAGAAGACGCAGAAGACGUUCCAGCAGAGAAUCCAGCAGAGAGAGAAAGAUCUUCAGCAGCUGAGAGAGGCUGUGGAGUCUCAUAAGCGCUCUGCACAGACAGCAGUGGAGGACAGUGAGAGGAUCUUUACUGAGCUCAUCCGCUCCAUUGAGAGAAGCCGCUCUGAGCUGAUACGGCUGAUCAGAGAUCAGGAGAAGACUGCAGUGAGUCGAGCUGAAGGACGACUGGAGCGACUGGAGCAGGAGAUCAAUGAUCUGAGGAGGAGAGGCGUCCCACUGCUUCUCUGA